AUGAUGCAAGAAGCAACCAGCAUGGAUUCUGACCUAGCCCUCCUUUCGUUCUUUGAAAACCAUCUGCUAAAUGAUUCUGAUUUCCAAGAUAUUAUUUCUGAAAUUAAUUGUUACGAUCCACCCAUUUGCAAUCCCAGCACCAGUUUUGGCAGCUCCCAUUUAUUCGGAAGUGGGAUAGAAAUGAUAUCAAAUACUAGUACGAGUAACAACUCAUCAGAAACAGAAGGAAAUUUGGAUCAACUGUGUGAGGAGGUUAACCAAAAGCCAGUACCUGCACGUGGAAGACAAGCGCCGGUAGAGUGGAUACGUUAUCGGGGCGUUAGGAGGCGGCCAUGGGGUAAGUUCGCGGCAGAAAUAAGAGACCCCAAGAAGAAAGGAUCAAGAAUUUGGCUCGGGACAUACGAGACGCCCGAGGAUGCAGCAUUGGCUUAUGACCAAGCAGCUUUUGAAAUGCGUGGUGCAAAAGCUAGGCUGAAUUUUCCAAAUUUGUUUGGUUCUAAUACAUUACAGCCAGUGAGAGUGAACCCAAGAAAGCGUUCAUUGGAGCCUUCUGUUUCAUGUUGUUCAACAGAGAAAGAUGUCCCAAAGAAGGGUAAAUUUGAGGUUUCCUCCAUGAUGAUUUGA